AUGACUUACAAGGGCCGACCAAUUCGCAUCGCAGGUGCCUCGGGCUCUGCCUCAGACCGCCGUCAUGCUAUCGCGGAUUUUGCACGCCACUUUCCGACUGAUCCGGUAGAUGUCAUUAUCGCGGAUUUCAUGAGCGAGUUCAAUAUGGCUACCGCUGCAGGUCGGCGCGUGGACCAAGAGACUUCAGAUGCAACAGCUCCUGCUUAUGAUCUUUCUUUCUUAGAGGCACUUGAGCCGGCUCUUGAUGAUCUGGCCAAGUAUGGAAUUAAACUGGCUGUGAAUGCUGGGGUGACAGACACAGAGGGUCUGUAUAAGGUGGUGACGCGCAUGGUGCAGGCAAAGAAGUUGGACUUAAAGAUUGCGUGGGUUUCUGGAGAUGAAGUUCUACCUAUCAUCCAGAAGGGAUUGACAUCUGGAUCUGAAUUUCGCAAUGUCUAUUCAGGAGAGCGAUUGGCCGAUUGGCCUUUUGAGCCCAUAUAUGCCCAAUGCUACCUCGGCGGUCUAGGCAUUGCGGCCGCAUUCGCAGAUGGUGCUGAUAUCGUACUAUGCGGUCGGGUGUCAGACGCUUCGCCAGUCAUUGGGGCUGCGUACUGGUAUCACGGCUGGGGACGAGAUGAGCUUGAUAAGCUAGCCAAUGCUUUUGUGGCGGGCCAUCUCAUUGAGUGUAGCAAUUAUGUUUGCGGUGGCAACUUCACAGGCUUUAAAGCACUGGAACACGCUGGCGGUGAUGGCUGGACGAACAUUGGAUACCCCAUCGCUGAGAUAUCUGCCGAGGGCGACGUGGUGAUCACCAAACAGGCACAUGCAACCGGUGGUGCGGUCACUGUCGACACUUGCACGUCGCAGCUGCUGUACGAGAUUCAAGGACCUUGGUACUAUAAUUCGGAUGUCACCGCGGUCCUUGAUGGUGUUCACUUCUCGCAGCGUGGUGUUAAUCGCGUAGCUGUCCAUGGAGUUCGAUCCGGUCCUCCUCCACCCACCACCAAGGUUGGGAUCACAGCUCGAGGGGGGUUCCAGGCCGAAGCAUGGUGGUUCUUGACUGGCCUUGACAUCGAAGCCAAGGCACGCAUGCUGGAAGCACAGAUCCGUCGGUUGCUGUCCCCCUAUUCCGACAGAUAUACAUCUCUCAAGUUUGAUUUGCUUGGCUCGUCUCUCUCUGACCCGCAUGAUCAGAACCGAGCUACCGUGCCGUUGCGUAUCGUCGUGCAGGCAUUACAGGCGGAUGACCUUGCGCCGACGCGUUUCCUCAAGCCAAUCACAGACAACAUCAUGCAAGGUUACCCUGGUGCUACUUUCCACCUGGAUAUGCGGCAGGGAUUCCCGCGUGCUGUGUUCGAGUACUAUGUCAGCUUGCUGCCGCAGUCUGCAGUUCAGCACCGUGUCCACAUGCCCUGGAAGUCGACAGCGACUACUAGAACUGUAAAUAUCUCACCACCUCCACAUACCAAGACGUAUCCUUCACGGCAGCCCUCGCAACCCUCCACCCAAGCCGAUAGUCCUAUUGACCUUGCUCAUGACUUUGGUCCAACCACUCGCGGUCCGCUGGGCUGGAUCGUUCAUGCGCGCUCUGGGGACAAGGGCGCCGAUGCAAAUUGCGGAUUCUGGGUGCGCCACCGGGACGAAUACCAAUGGUUGCGAGCGUUGUUGUCUGUCGACACAGCACAAGAAUUGUUGGGGAAUACCGGGCGCCAAAAUCCGCAGCUAGCCGUUGAGCGUUUUGAGUUGCCCAGCCUACAUGCCGUUCAUUUCCUAUUCCGUAAUUUAUUGGACCGCGGGGUUGGCGUUACCACCACGGUCGACUUUCUAGGAAAGAAUGUGGCGGAAUAUUUGCGGGCUCGGCAUGUCGAUCUUCCUGUGAGGUUCUUAAACCGCGGAAAGCUUUAG